AUGCGCGACGGUGCCCAUCAAAGGACCAUGGAAGACGAUGAGGCCAUAGCCGUUAGUGCCCUUGGCGAAAUGCGCAAUGGAGCGGUAUCAACUCCCGUGAAGCGUGAAUCCCUCGAUACCCUGCCAACGGAUGUAGCGCCUGCCUUGCCUAUUGAUCCCCGCUAUCGUGAUUUUUCCCAGCCCACCUCAAGCCAGGCCACACCGUCCCUCUCGCUGGCCUCGUCUGAUUCAAGGUCGACGAUAUCGGACACCGCCUCUAACCUUGCGGAAGAUGAUACGCUGCUCAUACGCAUGUCCAACCUCCCGCUUGUCCAUCCUGCACUAAGAGCGUAUGACUACGCCAAGAACAGUUCCCGAGUGGUCAAGUUUGGUGCGGAGGUGAUGGAGGGUACCGUCAAAACCAUGACACGGCCUGUCAUUGAUAGACUACCCGUUAAUCAAUUCGACGAGUUUGCGUGCCGUCAGCUUGAUCGCUUUGGUCGAUAUGGUGGGAAGCCAGAGGAGUCGUCUCCUAUGCAUGUCGAAGCUCCCAUUGAUAGUGGCAGUCCAAAUCGGGCGGAAGGUAGUUCGGGACAACGAGGGAGAAAGCAUUUAUGGCUCGACAAUGAAACGAGGCAAUCACCAACUCGUGAAUCCAGUGUGGGUAACAGGGACAUGUCGGGGGACGUCGCAAAUGCCUCGAGCUCUCGCUACUCUGGAGACUCAUAUUGGAAUACUAUCGCGCAACAGCAGCAGCAAUCUUCGAGCCAGGAAGUGCAAAUUGUAAGCCGUAGCCGAUGGCAAGCGGUGCUCUUGGAGGCCGGGGGCAUUGGUGCUGCUGUGAGUGAAGAGAGCAUGAAGCGCUUAAAAUAUUGCCUACAAUGGCUUCAGUACGCCAAUGCCCACAUCGAUCAACAAAUCCUCGUCAUCCGUUCCUUCAUCACCUCCAUCGCACCACAAAAUCUCGCUUCAAGCUCAACCUCCAACGCUGUCGUGCCUUUCCAAACUUUAGGCAUCCUUUCCCAAAUAAAAACGGAGCUCAUUAACACCAUCCGUCAAGUGGUGGAUGUUGUCUCUAAAUACGCCGGUAGUGCUCUGCCUGAACAAGCGCGAAACACCGUGAGGAGUUUUAUAUUGAGAUUGCCUGAACGAUGGGCGAAUGCAUUGCGAUUGGACGAGACGAAUGGGCAGUACGGCGGGUUCGAAAGAAAUGGACAGGGUCUAAGCGGGAGCGCGGCGACGAUGGCUGCCACCCGUGUGCUGACUCUCGCUACGGAAAGUCUGGACAUGAUGAGGGGCGUCACAGGCGUAUUCAAAGAUAGCUUGGAUCGUGCGGAGGCAUGGGUCGAUCGACUUCAGCAACUCGGUCUCCAACGCCAACAGCAACAAGCACUUCCACCUACGUCGUCUCUUGUGCAAUUCUCCGCCACGUACCCUACUCCUGCCUCCAACAGUACCUGCGUGCCCAGCCACCGGCAAUCCUACGAACCCGAUCGUCAGCGUGAUGUGGCUGUCAGUGGCGUUACGACUUCCGCUAGUUACUCUGCCUCAAGGCAGACCACCCGUUCCCCAUCCCCUUCCACCCAGGCAGCGAGCGAGUACGGAAGCGAAGGUGGGAACGAAACGGAGACUGGGGAUGACAUGAGGAAGAGCAUGGAUGUUGAUCAGUGA